UUCCCCAGGUGAUAGAAAGUUGUAAUUGUCCACCGAACAGGAUGGCUUCCCAAGUUUGUCAGAACUUCCACCAGGAAUGUGAAGAUGCAAUCAACAGGCAGAUUAACAUGGAGCUCUAUUCCUCCUAUGUUUAUCUCUCCAUGUCCUUUUACUUUGACCGGGAUGACAUUAGCCUACAUCACUUCUCCAAGUUCUUCAGGAAGCAGUCCUAUGAGGAACAGCAGCAUGCCGAGAAAUGGAUGGAAUUCCAGAAUCUGCGAGGAGGCCGGAUCGUGCUGGAGGACAUCAAGAAGCCAGAGCAGGAUGACUGGACCAAUGCUCUGGAAGCGAUGCAGAGAGCCCUGCAGAUGGAGAAGGACGUGAACCUGAGUCUCCUGGAUCUGCACAAGCUUUCCACUCAGCAUGGUGACCCUCAUCUAUGUGAUUUCCUGGAGAGGAACUAUCUGGAUGAGCAAGUGAAGAUGAUCAAGAAGCUUGGAGAUUACGUCACCAACCUGAGGAGACUGGGCGCCCCCGAGAAUGGCCUGGGAGUGUACCUGUUUGACAGACUGUCCCUGGAGGAGAAGGAUUAGAAGGACUUCAUGUCAUUACCUGUUAAAAUUGUAAAAUCAAACUCUUUAUUUGUGUGAAUCUUAACUUGACUAACUCAA